AUGACCGGUUUCUACACAUUUAAAUGGGACCAUCCCGCCAAUGAGGUUUACGUCACUGGAACAUUCGAUGGCUGGAGCAGGAGUACCAAGCUCGACAAGGCUGGCGAGGUUUUCGUGAAGAAAGUCGAGCUGCCCGUUGAGAAUAUCCUCUACAAGUUUGUUGUUGACGGAAACUGGGUAACCGAUCCCAACGCACCUCUCGAGACCGAAGAGUCCGGAGUUCAGAACAACAUCCUCUUGUCGACUGUUAUUGCCGAGACCGAAGAAGAGAAAGCUAUGGAAGCCGCCAUCAUCAACAGCGCGGCCCCCGAGUCGACCACUGCCGUCCUCGCUGCCGUUGUCCCCAAGGAAACCGAGACCGUUGUCAUCACAUCCAUCGCUCCCGAAUCCACCACCGCUUCGCUCGCUGGAGGUGUUCCUCUCGAGCAGCCCACUCCCGGCGCUGGCGAUGUUCCCGGUGGAUUCCCCGAGACUCCUGCCUCCGAGAUCGUCGACCCUACCCCCGUGGCCCUCAAGGAGGUCGAGCAAAUUUUCUCUGUCAAGCCCCUCCCUGCUUCGGAGACGGCCGAGAACCCCAUCACCCUGCAGCCUGGCGAGGCUGUCCCCCAGAUUGGCACCGAGUCGAUCGACUCGCACGUCACGCUCGAUAAGGAAUCCUACGAGAAGGGCGCCACCAACUUCCCCAUCGGUUCCUGGGUCUUGCCCGAUGUCGUUACCCCUGCCGAGCAGCGCGCCGCCGAGGGACGUGGUGUCCUGGAUCUUCCCCGCAACUUGAUUCCCGAGAGCUCACUGCCCAUCACAUCGGCCGCCGAGGCUGCUGAGGUGAAGGAGGCUGAUGUUCCCGAGAUCGUCAAGGAGAGCCAAGAGAAGGCCCACGCCCCGGCUGAGGCUUCGGCGAUCGCCGACGCUGUUGAGCUGAAGGCUGCGGUUGAGAGCGAAUUGAAGACCGAGGUCACCGAGACGCCCGCCAUCGCCGAGGGCAACACCGUUACCGAGCAAGCUGUCGAGGUUGCCGGACAGGCCACCGAGCAGGGCAAGGUCAUCGCCGAACAGGCUGUCGAGGUGGCCGGACAGGCUACCGAGCAAGCCACCAUCAUCGCCGCACAGGUUUCGGAGCAGGCUAAGAUCGCCGCCGCCACUGCCGCUCCCGUUGUGUCGGAAGUGAUCGCCAAGGUCGCCAAUGCCACCGGUCUGAGUGCUGCUCCCAUUGAGCGGCCCGCGUCGCCCGUUCCCGAGGUCGUCAAGCAGAGCAUUACCGAGGCUGGUGCUCCGGCCGAGGCCGCUGCCUACGAAGAUCUCGUCGAGGCCAAGAAGGAGGUCGAGACCGAGCUCAAGCAGGAAGUCGUUGAGGCUCUCCCAAUCACCGAGGGACCCAAGGAGGAGGCCGAGCCCACUCCCGCUCCCACUCCCGCUCCCGUCGCUCUAGUGAACGCCGCCAAGAUUGCCGACCAGAAGGCCCCUAUCGUCACGAACGGCAUCAACACCAAGACCAUCAUGCACCACGAGAUUACCCUUAACAAGCCUGCAGAUAUCGUUCCCGAACCGGUCAAGCACAGUGUCGCGGAGGCUGGUGUUUCGGCGGAGGCUGCUAGUGAGCCCAAGGCUAUCGUGCGCAAGGAGGCUGUCGAGGAGCAGCUCAAGGAGAAUGUAAGGCCAAGCGCGCCUAUCCCCCAAACCAACGGCGCUUCUGGGGCUAAGACUAGCAUUGAGACUCCCAGAAAGAGCACGGAAGCCGCCACAUCGUCAUCGUCAAAAAAGUCCAAACGGAGAAGCUUCUUUGGGGCGAUCUUGUCAAAGCUACACUUCGGGAAAUCGUAG